CAGAAACUCGGUGACACGUCACCUGAAGUCGUUUGCUGCCGUCGCCACCACCUGACUUCACCGCGUCGCCCUGCCAUCGCCGCCGCUACUUGAGCAUCCCGAAGCACCAUGAACAUCUUUCGAUUGAUCGGUGACAUGACGCACUUGCUCAGCUUCCUCGUCAUGAUCCUGCGCCUGCAAGCCAGCCGAUCGGCGACGGGGAUCUCGCUCAAAAGUCAAGAGCUCUUCUUCUUGGUCUUUGCCACGCGAUACUUGGAUCUGUUCACGCACUACGUGUCGUUGUACAACACCACGAUGAAGCUGCUCUACCUCGGUCUCUCGGGGGCGAUUGUGUACUACAUUCGGUUCAAGGAACCGUUCAAGUCAUCGUACGACAAAUCGAUCGACUCGUUCCUGCACUGGAAGUUCGCCGUUCUGCCGUGCGCGAUCCUCGCGCUGAUCUUCCACGAGCGCCUUGAAGUCAUGGAAAUCCUCUGGACAUUCUCGCUGUACUUGGAAGCCGUGGCCAUCAUUCCCCAGCUCAUUUUGCUCCAGCGUCACGGCGAGGUCGAAAACUUGACGUCGAACUACGUCGUGUUGCUUGGGAUCUACCGCGCAUUCUACCUGAUCAACUGGAUCUACCGCGCCGCCACGGAAACGCAUUACCACACGAUCUGGCCCAUGUUCAUUGCCGGCCUCGUCCAAACCGGAUUGUACGUCGACUUCUUUUACUACUACGCCGUCAGCAAAUACUCGGGCAAGAAGAUGACACUGCCCAGCUAAACACGAGUCCAGACCACCAUCGUGCUGCUAUUACAUCGAUCUCAAUACGUUGUUCGUUCGGCACUACCUUCAUCUUGUCAUCUCGUUUGGGGAUACCACACCUCUUUGC